GCCCAGGUGUGGGUCAAGCGCGGCACAGUUUCAGUUUUAGCAGUGGCAUCCAGCGUCCUCCUGGCAGCUUCUAGGAAGGCAGGGGUUGUGGACUGGCCAGCAGAUUGUGUCCCCGAAACUGAGUCGACGGGAGAGGAGGAAGUGGCUAAAAACAGCCCUUGAGAGAAGUUGGCCCGGGCGGCGCAGCCCCGCAGAAGCCACCAGCGAUGAAGCUACUCUUCCUCACCUGUCUACUCACUCUUUUCUCAGCCGUCUCCAUGAAGAGUCCCAUAUUCGGUCCCCAGGAGGUGCAAAGCGUGGAAGGCGGCUCAGCGUCCAUCACGUGCUACUACCCGGACACCUCUGUCAACCGGCAUUCCCGGAAGUACUGGUGCCGGCAGGGAGCCAAGGGCCGCUGCACAACCCUCAUCUCCUCCGAGGGCUACGUCUCUGAGGAGUACAGAGGCAGGGCCAACCUCACCAACUUCCCGGAGAGCAACACGUUUGUGGUGGACAUUGGCCGUCUCACCCAGAGCGACGUUGGGCACUACAAGUGUGGCCUGGGCAUCAGCAGCCGGGGCCUGUCCUUUGAUGUGAGCCUGGAGGUCAGGCUGGGUCCUGGGCUCGUAAAUGACACUCAAGUCUACACAGCAGACCUGGGUGGAGCAGUGACCAUCAACUGCCCUUUCAAGGCUGAGAAUUCUCAGAAGAAGAAGUCUGUGUGCAAGAAGAUAGGCCAGCUCUGUGUCCUAGUCAUUGACUCCAACGGGUAUGUGAACCCCAGCUACAGCGGCAGGGCAGAGCUUAGUAUUUACGGUACCAGCCAGUUAGCAUACAGCUUGGUCAUCAGCAACCUGCGGCUCAGCGAUGCCGGGAUGUAUGUCUGCCAGGCUGGGGAUGAUCCCAGCCAUGAUAAGAGAAAUGCUGACCUCCAAGUGAUAAAGCCUGAGCCUGAGCUGCUUUAUGGAGACCUGAGGGGCUCGGUGACCUUUGACUGUGCCCUGGACCCCGAGAAGGCAAAGGGGGCCCAAUUUCUGUGCCGAGCAGGCAGUGGGGAAGACUGCGAUGUUAUCAUCAACACUCUUGGGAAGAGGGCUCAGAACUUCGAGGGCAGGAUCCUGCUCCUGCUCAGUGACAAGAAAGGCUUAUUCAGUGUGCAUAUCACCGGGCUGAGGAAAGAAGACGCAGGGCUCUACCUGUGCGGAGCCGACCCUCAUGGUCAGCCCCAGGACGGCUCCCCCACCCAGGCUUGGCAACUCUUCGUCAAUGAAGAGUCCGUGAUUCCCCGUAGUCCCUCUGUGGUCAAGGGUGUUGUAGGAGGCUCUGUGGCUGUGCUCUGCCCCUACAACCCGAAGGAGACAAACAGCCUCAAGUACUGGUGUCGCUGGGAAAACAGCCAGUGCCUACAGUUGGUGGAGAGCAAGGGGCUGGUGAAGGAACAGUAUGGGGGCAGGCUGGCACUGUACGAGGAGCCAGGGAACGGCACCUACACGGUCAUUCUCAACCAGCUCACUGCCCAGGAUGCCGGCUUCUACUGGUGUCUGACCAGCGGUGAUCCUCGCUGGAGGUCCACAGUGGAGCUCAAGAUCGUUGAAGGAGAGCCAAGCCUCAAGGCACCAGAGAAUGUCACUGCUUGGCUGGGUGAGACUCUGCAGCUCCCCUGCCACUUCCCGUGCAAAUACUACGCUUACGAGAAAUACUGGUGCAAGUGGAGCAAAACAGGAUGCAGGGCCCUGCCCAGCAAAGCCAAGGGCCCCAGCCAGGCCUUCACGGACUGCAACCAGAGAAGCCAGCUGUUCUCCCUGACCCUGAACCCAGUCACCGAGGGCGACGAAGGCUGGUACUGGUGCGGCGUGAAGGAGGGCCUCCGCUAUACAGAGACCGUGGCUGUCUACGUGGCGGUCAAGCAGAGAGUGAGGGGGUCCCAGGCUGUCGUCCCAGUGAAUGCUGCUCCCAGUGGGGAGGGGAGUGUCAGAGACAUUGAGAACAAAGUCAUUCGGGACCCCGGCCUUUUCGCGGAGGACAGAGCAGCGAAGGAUACUGGAGACCUAGCUCGGGGGAGUGGUGCACCCACGGACCCCGGCAGCUCUGCGGGCCACAGUGGGGGCUCCCACGUGCUGGUGUCCACGCUGGUGCCCCUGGCCCUGGUGCUGGCACUGGGGGCUGUGGCGGUGGCGGUGGUCAGAGCCCGGCACCGGAAAAACGUCGACCGGGUUUCAAUUAGAAGCUACAGGACAGACAUCAGCAUGUCGGACUUUGACAACUCCAGGGAUUUUGGAGCCAAUGACAACACGGGAGCCUCUUCCAUCACUCAGGAGACGUCCCUCGAAGGAAAGGAUGAGCUCAGCACCACUGCCGAGGGCACCACACAGCCCGAAGAACCUAAGAAGGCGAAAAGGUCCUCCAAGGAGGAAGCGGACAUGGCCUAUACCGCCUUCCUGCUCCAGGCCAACAGCAUGGCUGCCGACGCCCCCGACGGCCGCACCGAAGCCUAGGCCGAGUGCCGGCUGCAUUCUCCCAGAGCCCCUGACAAUCACCUUCAGAAUCACGCUGAUCCUCGGGGCCCUCAGCUCAGGGGGCUCCACUGCCUGCGCUCAGCACCCCCUAGGCUUCUCCCACCUGUCCCCAGAGGGCGUGCUGGUCCCUCCCCAGCGGCAUCCAAGCCUGGCCUCUGUUCCUGCUGGAGGUGAGGGGACGUGAGGAGUCCCCGCCAGCAGCUUAUCUCUAAUGACAGGGGCUGAUGUGCACAAGGAGAAUUAAGAUCUUAGAAAGCAGACAGACCAAGGUGGGUGGUGAGGUAAUUUCAGGAAGGAGAGCCAUUCACCGUUUCUCUGCACCCUCAUUAUGGGAUGUCAAUAGGAUUGCCCCUCCACUCCGCCCCUCCAUCCCUUCUUCCUCUUUCCCUUCCUUCCAUGUCUCUUCUUCUCUCCUCCACGGAAAAUACAUAUUUGAAUACUCACUAGAAUCCAGGCGCUCUGCUAGACACUGGGGCGGAGAAGCUGUGGACCCAGCAUGUAGCCUUUCUGUAAAAUCACUGAACCCCUGGAAGCCACAGCUCCGCUCGGUGUGUUUACGUUCCCUAAGGCCUGAGAUCCUUGGCAGGUACACUCACCUCUACUCGUACUGGGAGAAACCAGAAGCCGCCUGGAGUCCUAAGGCCUUAGGGACCAUGUAACAUGGGCACCUGCACAAGAAAUCAUAAACGUACAUUCCGAUCGUUUUGCAGGUGAGAAACUUGAGAUCCUGAGAGGUGAAGAGCUUUGCCCAAGGGCCCCAAGAGGAUAAACUAGUGCCCAAGCCAGAUUUGGGAACUAUUUGGACAGGGAUCUCUCUGUGAGACUGCCUGCUUUCCUUAUGAAGGCAGAGUUCUAGAAUAUGGAGAAGGAGGAAGAGAAAAAUGUACAGGAGACUCAUCUUUCUCAGGCCCCCACCCCAGGGAAGAUGUCCCUUCCCCUUUCUGUCACUCACACGGACCAAAGAGGAUAGGAGAACGGUCAAACCCUCAUAGCCCCUCCAUUUGAAGACUUCCGUACCGAAGGGUAGAAAGAGGGUGUCUGAGGGUGCCAGGUACAGGCUGAUCUCCCAAGAGCUAAGGUUUAAGGUCUUUUCCCCUCUGAGCUCUGUAUUUCCACCAGCACCUAUGAGCUGGCACUUGCUAACAAAUCAAGAGUGUGACGUCAUUAAUAAUUAAAGACCGUGAUUGCCACCAAGAA